AUGACUUGUGAAAAUCGCACCAGAGUCACUGAAUUUAUUCUUCUUGGUUUCACAAACAAUCCUGAGAUGCAAAUUUCCCUUUUCAUUUUGUUCCUGGCCAUCUAUGCAGUCACUUUGUUGGGCAACUUUCUUAUUGUCAUGGUUACCAGUGUGGAUCCUGCUCUUCAAACACCCAUGUACUUCUUUCUCCGAAACCUAUCACUUCUUGAAGUCUGUUUCACCUUGGUGAUGGUGCCAAAGAUGCUGGUAGAUCUAGUGUCCCCAAGGAAAAUCAUCUCUUUCAUAGGAUGUGGUACCCAGAUGUACUUCUUCUUUUUCUUUGGCAGCUCUGAAUGUUUUCUUCUCUCUAUGAUGGCUUAUGAUCGCUUUGUGGCCAUCUGUAACCCUCUCCGUUAUUCGGUCAUAAUGAACAGGUCGCUAUGCUUGUGGAUGGCUGUAGGCUCUUGGAUGUCUGGUGUUCCUGUGUCUAUGCUACAGACAGCUUGGAUGAUGGCCCUUCCUUUCUGUGGACCAAACAUUGUAGACCAUUUUUUCUGUGAUGGUCCUCCAGUGUUGAAACUAGUCAGUGAGGAUACAACUAUGUAUGAAAUGCAAGCAGUUGCCUCCACACUACUUUUUAUCAUGUUUCCCUUUUCCCUCAUUUUGGUUUCCUACACACGCAUUAUCACAACCAUUCUGAGGAUGCCUUCUGCUACUGGUCGCCAGAAGGCAUUUUCUACUUGUUCAUCACACCUCAUUGUGGUAUCCCUCUUCUAUGGAACAGCCAGCCUGACCUACCUACGUCCUAAAUCCAACCAGUCUCCUGAGAGCAAGAAGCUAGUGUCAUUGUCCUACACUGUCAUCACGCCUAUGUUAAACCCCAUCAUCUACAGCUUGAGGAACAAUGAAGUGAAAGGGGCAGUCAAGAGGACAAUCACUCGAAAAGUCUUGUAG